AUGGCUCAAAUUCGAAAAAAACACCGAGUUGGCGUGGCAGUGAUCGUUGGUACGAUCGCCACAAAAACGAGAAUACGUUCAGCAGUUUAUUAUCACUCACCGGAAAAAGAGUGCGAACCGCUUCGCACGGAAUCUGCUCAGUUGGACGAUGUGCCGUCGGCAGAUUUUAUAUUGGAACACGAUGCGGCAGCAAGAAAACAAGGGAGAUGGCGGACAGCGCAACAAACGCGUGCCGGGCACUUACGGUAG